UCCGUCUUCCUCUGCUGAUUUAAUUUUGUUUUUUUUAUUUCUAUUUUUUGUUUAUUGAGCUGUGAAGCAAUACAUUGCUUAAUCCCUAUUCAGCAAAAAAAAAAAAACAGUUCUUCGUUCAGUUACUGAUGUUAAAAACCUUAUAAGAUAUAUUUAAUUUCAUUGUUUAUAUUUUAAAGAAAUAUAUCAAAACUCAGGUUAGUUCGAAAUAUUUGUGUACCUAAUUAGGUAUACACAUGUUGUGAUUUGGAUAUGUUUAAUUUUGUAAACACUUGACCAAAUAGAUUUAAUUAUUGUAAACUGAUUCUGGAAAAUAACUUAAACUUCUGUGAUAAUACAUAAUCAGCAUCGGGCUCGGUUUGAAGGACUACCUGAGUUGUUAGGUUAGCUGCUGGUUAGGUUUAGCUAACUGCGGACCACCUUAGAGAGUAAUUUCUGUUAACCAAGUUUUCUUUUUCCUACCUACGCUGAUAGCUUUGAGAGGCUAUGUCAGCAUAACCUAACAAGGUUAACCAAAUGAGAGCUAGUCUAACUUAUAUUAAUUUCAAAUAAGUGUUAAUUUUGGCCAGAAGCAAACACUAGUUUUACCCAGUCUGUGACCAUAGAAAGUAAAGUAGUCAAAAUGUCAGUAAAAGUAUAAUGACAAUAAAAAUGUGAGAUUAAACCCUAAAAUAGUUUCAAUUACAGUUACAACUUAUGAAAACUGAUGAAUACUAGAUUUCUUACUAUUUAUUCCAUUGCAACAUCCUGAGGUGUUGAUUGUGCUCAGUGUUCCAAAUAGGAAUAUCAUGGUGCAACACGUCCCAAACUUGUCACUGGUUCAAACUGUAAGAACUAAUGUACUCAGAUUUGCUGCCUUGUCACUAUUCACACACCAGGCUAAUAAUAUAUCAAGCUAUCAUAAUGUUAAUAAUAAAUAAAUAAAUAUCACCAAUCUUAGCACGGUGGGAUUAAUUGAACUUAUGUUGAGAAAAAGGUGUAACUUUCUAAUAUAACAUUACUUUUGGUUUAUUUUACUGUAAUAAUAUAAUAAAAUAUGUGUAUAGUAAGUACAUUUUCUUGAACAUCAAUAAAAUAAUAAAAACUAAUUCCUUCACUUGUAGAUUCUAUUGAAAUUUCUUCACUUAACUAUCUAUCAUUCUAUGAUUACUGGUGAAAGGGCUUUGUGUAAUCCAACCUACUUAGGUUGGACUACAGUCCUGCACAUAAUCUAUUCAUAACCAUUAAUAUAAUAAUAAUCAUACAUUUGAUGCCUUAUUUUUUCCAAGCAACCAUUCAAUUCACAUUCCCAUUUAGGGAUUCAAAGACUGUUACUGACUCCACCAUAAAACAAUGUUAAAUAAUUAUGUUACCUUUGUAACAUUGACCUUUGCCUCUGUCAUGGAACUAAUUUGAAUAUUACGAAAUUUAAACACUGAACUCAUCACAUAAAAAUAUUAUCUAUUUCACGUCACAGUUUGGCUAUGAUUCAACUAGGUUGACCAUUAGAUUGUCAUAGCAUUAAAUAAUUGUUAAUAAUACAUACUUAUAAUAUACUUUGUUUAAAAUAUACUUUUCUAAGAAACGAUUUCAAUAGGUUUUAAACGUAAUUGUAUGCCGUGGUUUAGCUGUGCCCCAGAAUUGCUAUCUUUGUUUUUUUUUUCUACCUAUAUGCUGGUAGCAUAAGGGGCUAUUCCAGUUACAUGUGGACCGGUAGGUGAGGCUCGACCUGAGUGAAUUGGUCAACACUAGCCCUAGCUAGAGCAGUGCUUUGCAGAAUCUACCACCAGCAUGUAAUCGUAAGUCAAUGAGCGACGGUGACCACUCAACAUCACGGGGUCAUAUGCCAACAAAGACACAGAAAAUAAGGCACUUACUUGCUAGUACUUGUACAAGUAUACAAAAAUAUAUUUAAAAAAAAGAUAAUUAUUUUUGUUUACUCAUUUUUAUCAUAUGAUUUACGUCCAAGAUAAUUGACUUGUUUUGAAUUGCGUUUUGUUGUUUCCAUAUAAAUAGGCAAUAUCUUGAUUGUUUUCAUCAUAGCUUUCUGUUUCUGUCGCAAUAGGGUUGUCUUUGUCACUAGCAUUAUUCUAAAAUAUGAUUUCGACUUGUAUGUAUUGCCUGGCUAUAAGGAACAAGGAUUCCACAUGACCACGACAGCUCUGUCAAGAGUAACCGACAACGUGUUGCCUGGUGCAGAGGGGUCCCUUUUCAUCAUAGUGCACAUUUUGAGUUUUCUCUCUCCAGAGUCUUAACAGUUACAGAUGCCUACAUGAAUACUAUAAUACUCAAAAACGGAACCCCUGGAUGAGGUCAAGAAUAUCUCUGACUACAAUAACCGCUUAUCGCCCCCAGUCAACCCAAGUUCAAGUCAGUUACACAGUAGUGCUUGAGCAAACAGAACAUGGCGUCAAAUGGAAAACUAGCUCUUCUCAGCGUUUCAGACAAGACGGGUCUACUCUCGUUAGCAAAGAGCCUGUCGGAAUGUGGCCUGCAGUUGAUUGCCAGUGGCGGUACCGCCACGGCGCUUCGGAACGCCGGCCUCACAGUUCAAGAUGUGUCGGACAUCACGAGAGCACCGGAGAUGCUCGGAGGUCGGGUGAAAACUUUACAUCCAGCGGUACAUGCUGGGAUCUUAGCUCGAUUAUCCGACUCUGACCAGGAAGACAUGAAACGUCAGAAGUACGAGAUGAUAAGCGUGGUGGUCUGUAACCUGUACCCGUUCGUCCAGACGGUAUCUAAGCCGGACGUGACCGUGGCGGACGCGGUCGAGAACAUCGACAUCGGCGGCGUGACCCUCCUGCGCGCAGCAGCCAAGAACCACGACCGGGUCACCGUCGUCUGUGACCCGGCCGACUACGAUGCUGUAGUCAAAGAAAUCAAAGAGAACAAACAUCAUCAGACGACUUUGGGCACAAGGCAGAGAUUAGCCCUGAAGGCGUUCACUCAUACUUCGGACUAUGACCUCGCCAUAUCGGACUACUUCCGCAAGCAAUACUCGCCCGGGCAAGCCCAACUGACCUUAAGAUACGGUAUGAACCCACAUCAGAAGCCGGCCCAGGUAUUCACGACCAGAGACAGCUUGCCGAUCACGACACUGAACGGUGCGCCUGGAUUUAUCAACCUGUGCGACGCGCUGAACGCCUGGCAGCUCGUCAAGGAGCUGAAGGAAGCGCUGAGCCUCCCUGCUGCGGCUAGCUUCAAGCACGUGUCCCCUGCCGGAGCUGCCGUGGGCUUGCCACUCACGGAUGAAGAGGCGGCGGUGUGCAUGGUGGCGGGCGAACUAAGCGCGCUGGCGUGCGCGUACGCGCGGGCUCGCGGCGCCGACCGCAUGAGCUCCUUCGGGGACUUCGUGGCGCUCUCCGACCCCUGUGACGUCAGCACCGCCACCAUCAUCUCCAGGGAGGUGUCCGACGGCGUCAUCGCGCCGGGAUACUCGCCCGAAGCACUCAAACUACUCAGCAAGAAAAAGGGCGGGAACUACUGUGUUUUAAAGAUCGAUCCCACUUACGAACCGAGUCUCAUGGAGCAAAAGACCAUCUUCGGUUUAACAUUGGAGCAAAAACGUAACGACGCGAAGAUCACCGCUGAACUUUUCAAGAACGUCGUGACCACCAAGAAGGAUUUGCCAUCGAACGCCGUGAGGGACCUCAUCGUGGCGACCAUUGCUCUAAAAUACACUCAGAGUAACUCGGUCUGCUUCGCCCGUGAUGGACAGGUGAUCGGCAUCGGUGCGGGGCAGCAGUCGCGCAUCCACUGCACGCGGCUGGCGGGGGGCAAGGCGGCGCUGUGGUGGCUGCGCCGACACCCCAGCGUGCUCGCCAUGAGGUUCAGGCAGGGCGUCACGCGCGCGGUGCAGGCCAACGCCAUCGACAACUACGUCAACGGAACUGUCGGAUCUGAUUUGCCAUUAGAACAAUGGGACACGUUGUUCGAAGGCAAACCACCAGCCCUAUUCACGGACUCCCAACGCGAGGAAUGGAUCAAGAAGAUGGAUAAAGUGGCCCUCGCUUCCGACGCUUUCUUCCCGUUCAGAGACAACAUCGACCGAGCUGUGCAGUGCGGCGUGGAAUACAUCGGCAGUCCGUCUGGUUCGAACAACGAUCAAGAAGUCAUCGAAGCGUGCAACGAACACAAAAUAGCGCUCGCGCAUACUAACUUGCGUCUUUUCCACCAUUGAUGCAAAAAUUAUUUAUGGCGCCAAUUUAUAUUAGCAUUUGUGAUUGAUGAAAGAUGACAAAAUGUCACGGAGAAAAAAACAAACGCCUAAAUACAUUAUCUAUGAAAUGACUUACCUAAUAAAAAUAGUCUAUUGUUUUUAACAUAAGAUUUUUAAAACAUCCAUAGCUCUAUUGUCAUAGUAAUGUAUUAAUUGGAUUUGAUUAACAAAUGAAGAAAAGCGAUUGUUUUGCCAUGAAUUCAUCAUUCCAUUUUUUAAAUCGAAUAUUAUAUUUUUAAGGAUUUAGUUAUUAUAUUAUUAACUGAUAACAAAGGUGAUAACUGAAUUAAGUUUACAAAUAAAAUCAUGUUUAUACUGCAAAGACGCUAAUCAAAUGAAUUUUUUGUAAUAUAACAACAAUAUAUUUAUCUCUUCUAUACAAUUAAAUUGGAUUGCGUCAUUGUUGUUAACAAUAACGAGAAAAUGAUCAGCUUCAGUUAGCUUGAAAUAUUGAAUCUACUUUUGUUAUCGUAGUGAUAAGUGAUGUAAUGUGAAAAAAUAUAUUGUAAUACAUAUAUUUUUAUUUUAAUAAA